UCUGAAAUAUAAAAUUCAGUUGAAGUUAAAUGCUUGUAUAACCACGUAAACUAUGUGAAAGACAUAAUGCUUUAAAUAUAUCACAAAUUAUAAUUUUGUUUUUUUUUUUAUUUGAUUGUGUUCGUUUUUGUAGAGUCGGUUGACUGUGAACGUGAAACUGAGAUCUGAUCUUUUAUACAAAGUGGGGGUAUAAAGUUAUAAAUAUUAAACAUUUAGUUUGUGCCGCCGAACCAGAAUGUUGUUGUGUUUAAUUUUCGGAAUUUGCUUAGGACUGACUUGUGCUCAAGAUAAACAAAAUAAUGCGACGAAAGUUGAGGAAGAAUUAUACCACCCAAAUGUCAGUUUUUCAGAUACGUUUGACUGGAGACUUUUUAAAGAACUUGCAGGAAAAUAUAAAAACGUUUUGCUGUCACCAGUUAGUGUUAAAUUAAUAUUAGCACUUUUAUACCAAGGUUCAAGUGGUUCUACCGAAAAGGAAUUCCAAAAUGUUCUACAAUUUAUUGAUAAGAAGACUGUUGAUGAUAAUUAUCAUCAGAUUCUCUUAAAACUACAGGCAUCGGAAAGAAAUGAAUAUUUACUUAAUAUGGGAACGAGUGUAUUCUUGGAUUCUCAAAUUCCUGCUAAUCCAAAUUAUGAAUCAAAAGUUAGUCGAUAUUAUGGAACAGAAAUAAAACCCAUAAGCUUUACAGAUUCCACAAAUGCCAGUCAUACAAUUAAUUUAUGGGUCGACAAAAUAACCAAUGGAAAAAUUUCUAACAUAGUAAAGGCAGGGGACCUGCAACAAACAAUUAUGUUGGUAGCGAAUGCCGUCUAUUUUAAAGGUACUUGGGAGCACCAGUUUCCUAAGAAUCAGACUUAUUUUGGUAAAUUCUUUGUUAACGCUGAAAACAUCAACAAUAUGGAAACAUUGAGUAUUCCUUACAUGUCCACAACAGACACGUUUUUUAUGAAAGAAUCUAAAGAACUCGAUUCAAAAAUUUUGAGGCUACCAUAUAAGGGAAGCGGUUAUUCUAUGUUCAUAAUUCUACCAAAUUCAUUAGGAGGGUUACCAAAUUUAAUAAAGGGAAUUAAUCUUGAGAAACUUUCUUCAUUGUUGCGCUCUCUGGAAAAGCGCUUAGUGGAAGUUCACAUUCCAAAACUGAAAUAUAGUUUUAAAACAAAAAUGUCCGAGGCAUUACGUAACGUUGGAUUGCGUCAAAUGUUUGAAAAUACUGCAAGUUUUCCAAACAUAACCAAAAAUAACAACUGGGCCUUAAUAGUGUCCGAUAUUAUUCAAAAGACUGGAAUUGAAUUAGAUGAAGAAGGAAGUGUUGUUUAUUCGGCAACCGGUGUAAACAUAGGAAAUAAAUUCGGCGAGCCAAAAGAAAAUUUUCAUGCUACACAUCCAUUUUUAUUCUUUAUUGAAGGUCCUAAUGGAAUUAUAUUAUUCAAUGGUAAAAUUGAAAAUCCCUCAGAAACGGAAACUAUAGCAGUGGACGUGACCAAAGAACCAUCACUAAAUACAAUUGCUGCUCAAGUGUUUUCCACUGCUAAACAGUCUGCAGCGGCAGCAAGUCAAAAUGUGCCUCUGCCAACAAGCUCAGCUAGCCCAGAUUUACUGAAUAUUCAACCAAAUGUUUCACCUCAGUUUCCAAAUCUGGAACCUGCUAAUACCGAUAUAGAAGUUGCAGAUAUGCAGGAACUAUCGAACAGAUUUAGUUUAUUUGACAUGGAAUUAUUAAAUGUGUUUAGUGAAACAACUACUAAUGUUCUUUUGUCUUCCGCGAGCAUAAAAACUACGCUGGCCAUGAUUCUCGAAGGUGCUCAAGGAAAUUGUGCUGUGGAAAUAAGGGAAGCUUUGAGGAUUCCGGAUAUUAAUCUAAAAGGCGUUCGUGCUAUUUUGGUGGACCUUUUGAACACUUUAGAAGAGAAGUCCUACAGUACAUAUCUAGAAAAUUCAAAUGCUAUAUUCGUGUCUGAUAAAUAUAAAAUAAUUGAUAAAUACCAAAACACGAUUGGUCAAUUUUAUGGUGGUAAUGUAAACACCAUCAGUUUUAAAAAUGUGGGAGGUGCAGUUAACAUCAUUAACAACUGGGUGGCUAAAGCGACGCACGACAAUAUUAAGGAAAUUAUUGGCUCACAAAGCAUUAGCCCCGAUACAACUGCAGUAAUUGUAAAUGCGUUGUUUUUCAAAGGAAAAUGGAAAACUGCAUUUGAUUCGAAAGUUACGCAAACCAAAUGUUUUCGUACUGCAAAUGGUUGCAUCUCUACACCUAUGAUGCGUGUUUCUUCUAAUUUCAACAAUAGUUAUAUUAGGCAAUUAAGAGCACGCGCUAUCGAGAUACCAUAUGAGCACGACUUCUCAAUGUUAAUUUUGUUGCCAUCUGAAGAAGCAAAUGUUAGGAGUGUUAUUCGAGACCUGCAGCAUUUUAAACUCGUAGACAUACUUAACGAAUUGAAGCCUUCAGAUAUAACCUUAGAAAUUCCAAAGUUUCGUUUUGAUUACUCAUCAGAUUUAGUUGAACACCUGAAACCGUUAAAAAUAAGAGAAAUAUUUGGUCCUCAAGCUAACUUGUCAGGAAUCGUAGAAAAUGGUAAUGUUCUCAUUAAUAGCCUAGUACACAAAACAAGAAUAGAAGUAGAUGAAGAGGGGACGAUUGCAGCUGCUGCUACUGGAGCUAUUGUAAUUCCUCUUAUGGGCUCCACUUCUAUUGUUGCAGAUAAACCAUUUAUAUUUUACAUUCACCACCAACAAACGAUAAUUUUUGAAGGAAUUCUAACGAACCCUCAAGAAUCGAGCCAUAGUACAGAAAGUAGGACUGUUGGUACUAGAAAUCAAAAUUUUGAAAUAGGUAGCCUUAGGAAUUACUUUUAAAAAUUACGGUAUAUUUACUAAUUAUAAUCACAAUGUUAUUCGAAUAUUAUCUACAUGAAUAAAAACUGAAGCAGAGUGCUGAAUUAAACGUAA